GUCAGGUAGAUCUCAGUUAGAAAGCAAAAGUGGAACAAAUUGUUUUCUCAGGAUCUUCCUGAUCAAUUCUAAUGAAAAGCAAUGUGAGAAUUAAUUAGAAUAAACUGGUUGUGUGGCUAUAGGAGGAGUUGUUUGUGUGGGAGAGACAACUUUUCUUAGGGUUCUAACACUAGAUCCUUCAGGUUAAAAGAUUCAAGAAACUAGCAUGCUAAAUGGAAAGACGUCAGGAAUGGAUUGGGCUGACUCUAUGUCUUUUCACGUUUCUAACAGAUCCUGGCUUUACCUCUUCCAUCAUAGAAGGUCCCAGAAAUUUAACUGUUCUAGCUGGUUCAGCAGCCCAGUUUAACUGCACAGUGUCAGAAGGAUGGGAUGUUUUGAUAUGGCUUUUCAAUGGAAAUCCUAGGUUGACUCUACUGAGUGAUGGAAAAACAUAUAUAUCUCCAAGAUAUAGCCAGAAAGGUUAUUCAACAGACGGCAGGUUUACUUCGGAGCUGACAAUCUCAGAUGUCCAACUGAAUGAUUCUGGACAAAUAAAAUGUAGCAUACAGAAUGAAGAAGAUGAUAUGUAUGCAUUUCUUACUGUCCAAGUUAAUGGAUCUUUGAAUAUCAAAAAUAGCAACUUCACAGUAAGAAAGAACCAAACAAUUGAAGUAACUUGUGAAGCUCUUGGAUGGGCUCCUGCUCCACAGAUUUCCUGGACAGGAAGUAAUAUCCUAAUAAAUAAUUCAAUGUACAUUACUGACCAGAGUCAAGGAUUAAACGGAUUAUAUGAUGAAGAAAGCACCCUAACCCUGACACCACUGGCUAAUGUCAAUGUGACUUGCUUAGCUGCCAUAGAUGCACUUUCUAAACCUCAGAAUGCAAGUGCGACAGUCACUGUCUAUGAACCUCCUCCAAUAGAGUCUGAUAAUAAUGAAGAUGGGCGAAUCCGAACAAUAAUUUUAGCUGUUGUGUUGCCAGUUGUUGGUUUGCUCCUUCUGAUCCUUAUUAUUCUGCUUAUUGUAUGCUGCUGCAAAAGAAGGAAAGAAUCCAGCUAUCAAAAGGAGGUACAAAGAAAUGUGUCAGAGAGGGAAACCAAUAGAAAUUUGGAGAAAACAGGAGGCAGGGGAUAUGAGAAUAAUGGCUACAGUCCAGAAGAAGAUAUGUCUGCUGAGAAAAUGUCAGGAGAUUCCACUUUUCCCAAAAUGAGCUCUAGUGUUUAUCGUCCAAAACAAGGCUUAGACAUGAGUCCCGCACCAAAGGUUCCUUAUAACAGAGAUAAUGAAGUACUUCCAUCAAGAACUACUGCUUAUCCAACCAAAUCAAGACAAAUUAGAAAUGUGACCCAUGUAUAGAGACACUUUUGUCUAUCUUUAUCCUUUUUCAUUGUCUUCAUAAAUUCUGAGACCUCAUCCAGAGGAUUCAGCACAUCAGCUACUUUUUCAUCAUUCUAUCUGAGAACCAUCAAGUGCCACUCAAAGAGAAAACUGAAUCAAGAAGUCAUUGACUGGUGUCUUUUCUAAUUAAAAAACAAUAACUGCUAUUUAAAUUGAAAAUUGGAAUUUUCCCCAUUUAAUAUAUAUUUUACUUUGGGGUGGAUGACUUCAGUGGAUCUGAGGGCCAUUUUCAGAUUUGCUGGCGACCUGCGAGUUCUGCUUCUUUACUUACUUAUUUAAUUUGUAAAUAUUUUAGAUUUGUUUAAAUACACUGCUAAUGUAUUGUAAAUGUUAUAGUAAUAAUCUUAGAACUGUAGAGCUAGAAGGGGCUCUAUGGAUCAUCAUGUGGAGAACUGAACUUCCAACCUCCAGCUCCGUAGCCAAAUAUUUAAAGCACUGAGCAUUUGCUACAAUUCUUUUUGUUACUUAAAAAAUGGGUUUAACCAGAAAAAGUUCUCCUCCCCCCAAGGAGGGGGACCCUGGCACCCUGUAGUGGCCACAAAUUAUUAUUUUUUAAAUUGGGGAGCAUAUUGGUACCCCUUGAGGGCAACUCAAAACAUGGUAAAAUUGCCCACAAUGAGAUAAGAGAACUUUUUGAACAAAUUAUUUAACUUAAAAAAAAAUAAAAAUAAAAUUGGGAGCAUAUUCGAGCUUUGUUUGUUGGACCCAGGAGUGGUGGGGUCCGUUUUAAUGAGGGAGGGCUGUGUAUGUGGCCCAUGAGCUGCACUUUAUCCAACCCACAAUCUAUGGCAUAUGAAACUUUGUGUAACUUCUUUCAGGCAUUGCUUGCUUCAGUAGACAGUUUCAUGCCACUGAUCGUAUGGAUAAUGUCUCUCUCUCUCUCUCUCUCUCUCUCUCUCUCUCUCUCUCUCUCUCUGUGUGUGUGUGU